AUGGCAGAUUUUAUUCAUUUGCAUAUUAGCAACUCCGCGAGUGAUGCUGUAUCGUACGAUCGCAAAAUGGAUCCCAACAUUACAAUCGCGGAGUUAACAAACAUUAUUGAGUUUGCCACCGGCAUUAGUGCUUAUGGAAUGGAGGUGGAACUUUACAACGGUGAUCAGUUCAUCGAGAAGAUUAUUGAUCGUGGCAACCGAAAUGAUCAUAAAUCGCUCAGAGAGUUUCCUGUCCUGGAUGGGAUGCGGCUUCACGUUACCGGACGCUGUACCUGGCUGGAAGAUAGUGGUGCUGAAAAAUUUGAACUUUCCUCAGAAGAAUACGAUAGCCGAAAGGACAGUUUGCGUAAUUAUUUGCGGCAAAACAAGCUCGGCCGAUACAGCGAUGAGCGAGCUGCUCAGAAAAUGGCUGCACGAGCCCGUGCCAGCGAAGAACAGGAGAAGAAGCUAAGGGAUGCAACCGUAGGGAAACGCUGUACGGUGAUGACCAAAUGUGCACCAACUCGGCUCGGAGAGAUUGCUUACCAGGGCAGGCUGGUAGGAAAGCCCGGCAUCUACAUCGGAGUCAAGUUCGAUGAACCAGUGGGUGUGAAUGAUGGCACCUUUGAAGGUAAGCGGUAUUUUGACUGUGCACCCAAGUACGGUAGCUUCGUCACACUGGAUGCGGUCGAGGUAGUAGACAUCCCGCCAGAAAAGAAUAUCUUCGAAGAUGAAUUGUAA